UGACGGAAGCGAGGAUUUUGACAUGUGGCGGUCUCAGUUGCUCCAUUUUCAGCGAGUUUUACAAGUCAGCGAUGAGGCGUUAAGUUUAGUCGUACGGCUCAAAAUGAAAGGCGAAGCCCUGAUGUGGUACAACUCCAACAAGAUGUUUAUGCGCACUGUUGGCGAAAUCCUCGCAGAAAUGGAGGCAAUAUUCGCAAAGAAAGACAACUUGCUCAAUGUACGUAGAAAAUUUGAAAGGCGAAUUUGGAAGUUUGGUGAAGAGUUCAGUAGCUACGCUAACGAGAAGCGGCUGUUAAGCGCUGGCCUCAACCUAUGCGACGAAGAAUUUGUUGAAUACCUCGUAGACGGCAUUCCUAAUAAACAAUUGCAGAUACAAGCCAAGCUUCAGAAUUUUAAAAGUGCUGGUGAGGUGACUAGAGCAUUUCGGACUGUCGAGUUGCCGCGACGAGCCGCACCAAAAACGAAUUUACAAAGUGGUGAAGAGCGGCUAAGGUGCUACAACUGCAAUUGCUCCGGCCACAUCGCAAAAGAGUGCAGCAAGCCUAAGCGCGAAUACGGGACGUGCUUUGCGUGUGGCGAACGCGGACAUUUUGCGGCGAGCUGCAAAAACUACAAGAAGUCGACAUCCAGUAGCAAUUUUAAUGCCUAGUCGAUUCGGGGAGCCCAAUAAGUCUUGUAAAGAAGAGCCUUGUACCGGGAAGAGUGCAGUUACAAGAUGAAAGAAACUCAUACUAUGGUCUCAAUAAGUCAAAACUAUCAAUUUUUGGAAAAAUAUUUUGUUAUGUCAAAGUGCUCAAUAAAAACGUGUUGAUUGAACUUAUAGUAGUUCCUGACGAAUCGAUUAGUUAUUCAGUUAUUUUAGGCAGAAAUUUUAUUCAGGCAAGCGAAGCCAAGCUUAAAAUCGGUGAUGUAGAGUUUAUGGAUGAAACUGCAGACACAGAUGUUGUAAACAGUGUAACGAAUCUUAAUGUUUGUAACAAAGAAAAGGUGGCCAGUAAAAAUUCAACAUACAAAGCAGCGGUUGUGCCAAAGGUUAGUGUCACAGAUAAAGAAGAAGUGGUUAGUGGUAGUUCUACAUAC